UUCCAUUAACCAGCUAGAUAUUAUCUCCGAACGCCGACAAAAUUACGACGAGAGUUCUUCGUUUGAUGAAUCUGUUUGAUGGAAGAAAAAAAUUUGGAAACAUAAACAAUGAAAAUCAUAACAUGAGUUCAAGGAUCCAGUGAUUUGUAUUCAAGACGAUGAUAAAGUGAAAAUAAUGAAGUCUCGCUCUACAAAAGUAUUGGAAACUAAACAAACCAUUAUUUGAUGUACGAUUUAAUUUUUUGUUUGUCUGCGGCAUCAGCCACGACAUAAAGACACUUAAAUUUCACACGUUUUUAUAAAGCUUAAAUAUCAGCUGUCAAUGAAAAAUUUCUCAUGAAAUUGCAAAGUGUUAUGGAGACCCUAUCCAAGGAUGAACUUCUUGAACAAAGUUCUUUAGCAGUUGAACAGAUUCAAAAGAAGUUUGCCCAAGGAGAAAAUGUCAUCAAAGAUUGUCAAGAAACUGUUUUUCUGUGUCAAUGUGUUGAUAAUAUAUUACACCACGGACUAAAAGAUGGGUUGAUAUCUAGGGCUAUGGAGUUUACCAUUUGGUCAAUGUUGGAAAAAAUUACCUGUAGUGAAGAUCUGCACGAAUUAAAAAUCUUACAUCUUAAAACUGACAGAGACAAGUGUUAUGCUUGGAUAAGAAUGGCUGUGAAUCAAAACUUAUUGGGAAGCUACAUAGCCACUGUAAGGCAAGACAAAUCUUUGCUAAGUAAUCAUUAUCAUGAACAUGCAUUUUACGAGAUCCAAUCAUGGCAGAUACUGUCCAAUCCAUUCUCAAUAAUGGAAUCACAAACUUCGACUUUGACAUAUCUGUCCGUCCACAGACUUUGUUUGAGCACAACAACAUUCAGAACUUGAUAACCAAGCCUCAAACCAUUCAUGGCUCUUUUCAAUAUGACAUUGGUAAGACUAGAGAAAAUGGCUAUGACGGUGAAGAAAGUCUUCAACGUACUGCGCAUAUUGUGCAGAAGAAAAAGAAACAGCGAAGGAAAAAGCUUCAAGUUAAAACAGUUGUGAUUGAAGAACAGGAGCAUUAUGAUGAUACUGAACUGCCUGAAACUCUCAGAAACAUGAAUGUCUCUCUUGAUCCUUGUGAUGAACACGGAGAAGCGGGAAAAAUGACGUCACUUGCUGACAAAGGUUUUGCUACACAGUGCGUAGAGAACUCAGAAACUCAAACUUUGCUUUUAAAAAAUACAUCAUCUAAUGAAAUUACUGAUCAUAAUGGUGUUGAUAAUACACAAGUCUGUGAUCAAACAAAGGGUUUUAUAGGAAAGGACAUUGUACAAAGUACUCUUGGUAAUAGUGAAAAUUACAAGGAGCCAGAGUUAUCUGAAAGAAUUGAAGCAGCAGUUUCAAUAAGUUCCAAGAAAAUGUUUGACGCGAACGACUUUCUUUUGGAAGAGUCCGUUGACGAGAACAGUUUUGUUCAAAACAAGUAUAAUGUUAACGAUUGUCAUUUUGAAGAUGAUGCGAGGACUAAAAACGAAUCUACUGAUGACAAAAGUUACGAGGCUCACAUGACUCAUUCAACAGCAGAAACUAAAACACGCACAAAUGAUGAUGAAAGGACGGAGGAAUUUGAACAUAAGGGGGGAAAAGAUACGGUAGUAGAUGUUGAAGGAAAAACAUUUAACUCAAAGAACAAAGAUACGACUGAUGAAUGUGAAAAAAGUUCUUUUGAAACUCCUAAAUCCAUUCAUCGAAGUUCUUCUUCAGAGACGAAUAACGUCACAGAAGUUUCAAGAAGUGCGAGCUUUUACGACUAUCGAGUUCGUAAAGUAGAGAAUCCGGAAUUAGUGUCUUCAUCGUACGGUUCAUCGUUUAGCGAUUACACAGAUGAUGAUAAAGACUUAAAUUUCAUUCCCGGCAUUCAUAGGAUGUCCACGAAAUCUAUUGCGUCAUCAUUGGAACGAAAGAGCAGUGGGGAAAGCGCGGUGUCAUUUGACAAAAAUGGUUUUCCGGUGUUUGAAUCGUCUCAUUUCACAAACUCUGCAAGUUUACAACGUUCAAGUAAUGAAGAAAGUACAAACAAGCAAAUUGUAGACGAAUCGGAUAUGUUUGAAGAUUUGUUGAAUGUCGAGGAAGAGCAUUUCUCAAAUCCAGAUAAUUUUGCCGGUCUUACUGCGAGUGAAGAAUUGGAGAUUGCCAUUGAACAUUACAAGAAAAUGAUCAUGAAGAGACAAGAAAAAUCUUUGCCAAAAGAUGAUCUCGUUGAUAAGUUGGUCAAGCUUCGUCUGCGCCUACAACAAGAGAAAGAUACUCCUCCUGUGGAUGAUACAAAGUUCCAUAAGAUUCUCGGUCAUCACUUUAGGAAGCAGGAAGGUUUGUCCGGUGUGAAAUACUUCUGUGAUCAAUGCGGCAAAAAUAUCUGGACCGUAUGGCAGCCUCUCUUCACCUGCAAAGAUUGUGGAUAUCAUUGCCAUCGCAAGUGUCUUGAUCAAAUUCAAAGAUCUUGUGUCAAUAAAAAGCUGUCAACGGCGUCGUACAUUUUUGAAAUCUGUCCAGACGGCGGUCUCGAUGGUCAGCAGUAUAAAUGCGCAGAAUGUCGACGUCCAAUAGCUUUUUCGAAAAAAGAUUCCGUUGCAAGAAUAUGCGAUUACACUGGUCAAUAUUUUUGCGAUAGUUGUCAUUGGAAUGAUCAUACUAUCAUUCCUGCAAGGGUUUUACGAAACUGGGAUUUCACUCCACGUAAGGUGUGUCGUAGCACGAAACAAUUGUUGGAGCUUAUGAAAACCAAACCGAUGGUGAAUAUUCAAGAGAUAAACCCUCAGUUAUUUAGAUAUGUCGAGGAACUACGGGAGAUUGGGAAACUUCGUGAAGAUAUUCUUAUAAUGAAGAAAUAUUUUCUCACCUGUCGCGAGGCACUAGAAAGCAAACUUCUCAUUCAGUUAAAAAAGCGUCAACAUUUCGUCGACAAUGCAGACAUGUACUCAUUUCAAGACUUGAUUGAUCUAAAUAAUGACAUUCUCCUGCCCGAAAUCUCCAAAAUUCACGCCAUUUUUCUGGCGCACAUUAAAGCUGAUUGCGAUCUUUGUCGAGCCAGAGGUUUUAUAUGUGAACUAUGUCAAGAUUCCAGUGAUGUUAUCUUUGCUUUUGAUCCUCAUGCUGUCAAGUGUUUCAAGUGUUCAGCGGUAUACCAUAAGAUGUGCUUCAGAACAGAAGACUGCCCCAAAUGCCGUCGCAGGAAGAAGAUCACAGAACAAAUGUAGUUAGGGGGAAUUUCGCACCGAGAAAUAACCUUAAAAGCUAAAUUUGAUCGAUUUAGUUUUCAAAAGUGGGAAAAAUUUUGAAAAUAAGUUAUUUUAUGAUUUCAAGGCACGUGGUUUUAAAUUUUGCACAUACGGAAAACGUCAGCUGUGUUAAACAUUCAACUCACCCCUUAAACUCCCAUCAACUUUCAUUCAUAUUAUCUUGAUCAUCAACUCAAAGGAAAUGUCAAAACUGCGAUAAAUUAUAAAUCGGUGUACUUUGCUUUUUUGAGCACAUAAAUAAAAUAGCUAUGGAAUACACGAA